CGCAGCCCCCGCGCGCAUAUAGGCAGGUCCUCCGCGCUCCCCGCGCCGCCGCCGCCGCCGCGUCCAGGCAUGGCCCAGGGCUCUCCCUCGCUAUGGCAGCAGCGCGGCACAGCACCCUGGACUUCCUGCUCGGCGCCACAGCUUUCUCUAUUGGAAGUAUAGCUACCAAGAGGAAAAAUACAUCAGAUGUGGAAGUGUAUAUAAGUGCUUUGAUGUAUCCUGCUUACUCUUUGGUUGUGUUAUGUUCUCACUUGAUAGAGGAGGUGGCUCAAAAGCAGGCUGAUUGCAAUGCCGUUCUUAAAGCUCUACAGCCCAUUUUUCAGGAGCAGGGAAUGACAGAAACAGUUCACAACUGGGAAGACCAUGGUUAUUUAGCAACCUACAUUAAAAAAAAUGGCAGUUUUGCCAAUUUGAGAAUUCACCCUCAUGGAUUAGUGUUGGUGGAUCUGCAGAGCUACAAUGAUCAUACGAAAGGAAGAGAGGAAGUCGAUCAGCUUCUAAACAAAGUAGAAGAAAGAAUGAAAGAACUGUUUCAUGGUAAUAUAAAAAGGGUGAAACGAUUGCCAGCCAUUUUGAGAGGAGGUGUCAUUGAUAGAUACUGGCCCACAGCUGAUGGGCGCCUGGUGGAAUAUGACAUAGAUGAAGUUGUUUAUGAUGAAGAUUCACCUUUUCAGAAUAUUAAAAUUCUGCAUUCAAAACAGUUUGGGAAUAUUCUUAUUCUCAGUGGGGAUGUUAAUCUGGCAGAGAGUGACCUGGCAUAUACUCAAGCCAUAAUGGGCAGCGGAAAGGAAGAUUACACUGGGAAAGAAGUACUAAUCUUGGGAGGUGGUGAUGGAGGUAUACUAUAUGAGAUAGUCAAACUGAAGCCAAAGAUGGUUACUAUGGUAGAGAUUGACCAAAUGGUGAUUGAUGGGUGUAAAAAAUACAUGCGUAAAACAUGCGGAGAUGUCUUAGACAAUCUGAAAGGAGAGUGCUAUCAGGUUUUAGUUGAAGACUGUAUUCCUGUACUGAAGAAGUAUGCCAAAGAAGGAAGGAUGUUUGAUUAUGUAAUUAAUGAUCUCACGGCUGUUCCAAUCUCCACAUCUCCAGAAGAAGAUUCCACAUGGGAAUUUCUGCGGUUGAUUCUUGACCUCUCAAUGAAAGUCCUGAAACAAGAUGGAAAAUACUUCACACAGGGAAACUGUAUCAAUCUGACCGAUGCCUUGACUCUGUAUGAAGAACAGCUUAGCAGGCUUUAUUGUCCUGUGGAGUUUUCAAAAGAAACCGUGUGUGUUCCCUCCUACAUGGAACUAUGGGUAUUCUACACUAUUUGGAAGAAACAAACUGACAUCUGAACAUCAAGAUUAUUUGAGAUUAUCCUAAAUGUACAUGCUGCAUGGAGCAUAUACGCCUGCCACGUGCUGCAUAUUGGCAUCUUGAACCUUUAAAUUAUAUGCUGUAGAUGAUCCUGAAACUUAGUCAUGCUAUUGAUUGUGAAUUCUUUAAAUGUUUUUUAUUGUUAUUUUAAUUUAAAGCAAAUGGAAAAUGUAUAUUUUGAUGAGCUAGGGUGUUAUUUUUGAAAGUCAACUUAAAGAUGAAUCAGCAGCAAAACUACAUAGCUGCUGAAUGCACUGAACCUUUAGAAUGUGAUCCUUUUUAUUUUUUGUAGAACUUCACAAACUGAUUGAUUAAAAAAGACAUCUUUAGCAUUUCAUCCCUGAAGGGUGGUCCAUGGAGUUUGUUUCAGGUUUUGUUUUGUUUUCCACCAGAUUUUUUAUCUAUGGUGCUUUUUAAGGGUGGAGAGAGGUUUUUUUGUUUGAUUGUUUAAAAUGAACACCACAGUGCUCCCAUAUAGCGAAGAAGAGCAGAACUAAAAAAUAAAAAGAAAGAAAGAAAAAAAGGCUUCUAUAAGGAAACCCCAGAUUAUUCACUGCAGAGGGCAAAGUCUUUCAUUUUGCUUAUUUACUAUAGUUUCAUUCGUCAUUGCUGUAAUCUCUUAUGCAGAAGAAUCGCCUUUCACCUCAUAGAAUUCUUUAGCUGCUGCCACAUGAUGUGGAUUUUUGUAUGGAUUUAACAGUAGGUUAUAGAGGCACUUUGAACUUUAUCAGCAUGAAAAUAAAGCUGGUUUUCAAUCCCACCACAGUGCAAGAAAUGGAGUGUAAUGAAGUUCUUGUGGGCAUACACUCCUCAACCUUAAGGGAAGCACUAGGUUCUUGAAGAAGAAAAGGUUGCUUUAAAGGGCAAAGAAGUGUGGGUGUGAUCUAGAUUCAUGUGCACCACUAUUGAAUGUUUAGAGGCAAGUAUGUACCUUUCAGUAGGGUAGGUCCUAAUCAAAUUGCCACAGAAUGACCAUGUUGUAUGGGGCUCUUGCUGAAUAAAAUUAAUGACCAGUGUAAAAAUCAGUGGAAGUUAGGUUGCAUUGUAGUUUUGUUCUGAAAGAUAAAGCAUUUUUCUUUAAGUGUUUUUCAUGUUGUCUGAAAUAUUAUAUUUUUGUAAGAAUGUGCUAUAUACUGACUAAAACUUUGCUUUCAGUGUUUAAAAGAUCCUGCUUGAAAGGAGAUAGGAAGGAUAUAACCCUUCUGUGCAUCUCUGUACAUUUCCAAGAUAGAAUAAAAAGUGCAGUAUUUCCCUAAACACUGUAAUCCUGAACCAUAAUGAUUUUGGUUUUUUUGCCUUUAACACCUAGUAUCAACAUUUUCUUAGUGUUAUUGAGUUGAUUUACCCCCCCAAGGUACUGUUAAUGAAAACAAAACAAAAAUAGCACUCCUAAGAUCUGUUUUCUUCAAUUACACAUAAAUAAGAAUUUUAGUGCAUCCCAUUAAUUGUUUAUGAAAUCUGAGUAGCCUAUGUGGUAUUCCAGAGAAAAACAUGGAAAAAUUUCCUCUUAACUCGGUGUACAAUUAUUUUUGUAUUGUACAGUUCUGCUGUUGAAAUGCUUUCAGUUUGGAGAGGCAAUAGAAAUAUUCAUCAGUCUUACUGUGUUAAAUUAUUACAGUUCAUGUUAAUUCUUUAGUAUAUAUGGGGCACAUUACUUCCAUGACAUACAGCUUGUGCAUCCGUAAAUACUCCCAAAGAGCAGAGCCUGCCUCUAAACAGAAGAGAGAAGUGUCUUGCCUUUCUCUGAGUUGUUUUAGCUCUGUUGUAUACAUCCCAAAAAAAUAACUUGGUGUUAUUGCCUAUGAUCUAACAGUGACCUUUCAUUUAUGUUUCAGGACUGCAAUCAGUGUAUUGUAUAGCUGCAAAUGAAUGCAGAUGUCCUGUAAAGUUACAUGUAUCCUUAACUUUGCAAGCAUGGAUAAUGCCAUUGAUUCCUGGUGUGAUUACUCAUGUAGGUGGAAUUAAGCACACAGACAUCCACUAGGACAGGGCUUACAGCAUAUUUGUUCCUGAGUGAGACUGGUAGAUGUAGAAAUCAGUCACAAGAAGUGGAAUGACUUUUUUUUUUUUUUAGCAAAGAAGCUUAUGAACUGGAAGAUGACUUAAUAUGCUUGCUGUACCAAGGCUGGCACUUUGCCUCAGUGUCGCUGCACAGGGCUGGCUGACCACAGAGAUGUUGGGUGUGCAGGGGUGUUCUGCAGUCACUACCUAGAAUGACCAGGGGACCUGAAUUUGAUGCUGAUAGGUGAGAGGCAGCAGUGCUUGCAAGUUGUUCCUUCUCAACUGAUACAGCGUAAAGAGAGUUGAAGGAAUUAUGUUUUUCUUUAAACUUUUUUCUAAUGUAGUUUUUUUUUUUUUUUUUAAAGGGAUAGAUGCAGUAUAAAGCAAAUCAGCAAACACUGAAUGUUAUAUUAAGUUGUUGAUUCUGGGCAAAUAUAUAUACAGUGUCAGUCUUUAUUUAUUUGUUGCAGUAGUUUAGGGUUUUUUUAAAAGGAAAGCAAGUCUCUGUUAGAAUUUUCAAAUGCAAACUGCUAUAGCUGAUCAGUUUUCCGUAUUUAAGGUCAACUGGGAAAAAGCUAUGAUUGCUCCACCAUGUAUGCAAACAGUUCCCCAGAUAUGGUUAACAUUAGGAUUUUCAUAAUUAUUCUUGGCACUAAAUGCUGCUUCCACCUAGAAAUGUGAUUUGAUUAUUUAAAAACUUGAUUGAUAGUAGUUUGUGCAAAAAGAAGACUGCUGGCAUUGUAUCUACUGCAUCAGUGCAGUGCACAUAUUACAAUAAAGGUACACUAUUAUUA